AUGAUUGACAGGAAUGUCGAAAGCGGAACCAUUUUGGAUAAUUUGGUCAAUAAGAUGGAAGAAUACGCCAAUAAUUUGGAAUCUCUCGUCGAAGAACGAACAGCAGAUUUCUUGGAAGCUAAGAGCAAAGCAGAGGACCUUCUCUAUCAACUGUUGCCAAAGUAUGUGACGAGUCAACUAAUCGCAGGGCAAUCAGUGACUGCGGAAGCGUUCGAUUGCGUCACUAUAUUGUUCAGUGAUAUCGUGGGCUUUACGUGUCUGUCGGCUCAGAGCACUCCUAUGGAAGUGAUUGACUUUCUUAAUGAUCUCUACAUUUGCUUUGAUUCAAUUGUCGGCAACUUUGAUGUCUAUAAGGUUGAGACAAUAGGGGACUCAUAUAUGGUUGCGUCGGGACUUCCGAUGAAGAACGGAGAUCUUCACGCGCGAGAAAUUGCGCGAAUGUCGCUCUCAUUGCUCAACGCUGUCAUGUCGUUCACAAUAAGGCAUAAACCGGACCAACAGCUCAAAGUGCGGAUUGGCAUCCAUUCGGGGCCAGUCGUGGCCGGCAUUGUGGGCCUCAAAAUGCCCCGCUAUUGCCUCUUCGGUGAUACAGUCAACUGCGCUUCAAGACUCGAAUCCACGGCUUUACCCCUAAAAAUCCAUAUCAGUUCUGCAACUAAACAAAUAUUAGACAAAUUUGACAAACAAUUCAAAUUGGAGUUAAGAGGAGACGUUCACAUUAGGCUAAUGGUUUAUAGGAUCGUUCGGCCCCUCAGCCCCCGCUCUAUGGGAUUUAACAUGGGAUCU